AUGUGGCCAUUCACCUCGUCGUAUCCUGAAGUCAAGCUCUAUGAGCUCUCUGAUCAGUACGACUACAUUAUAGUUGGUGAGCUAUCAAUCUUCCGGACAAGAAAGCUAGCUUAUACGUGUAUUAUACAAGGCGGAGGUACUGCGGGCUGCGUGCUUGCCAAUCGUCUCAGCGCCGACACGAAAACACGCGUCCUCGUACUGGAACGUGGACCCCUCGCGGAUUCAUGGGCCUCCCGAGUCCCUCUCUUCUCCUCUGAUUUCGCGUCAGAUGGAUCGCGAACCCUCAAAAUACCUUCCGUCCACCAAGAAAUCCUAGGUCACCCUCUCGAGCUAUAUACUGGAAAGGGUCUCGGCGGUACUACCAGGAUCAAUCAGAUGUUAUACAUGCGCGGCCUUCCAGCCGAAUAUGAUGCAUGGAGGGAUGCUGGAAGGAAAGGCUGGGGCUGGGAGGAUCUGAAGCCCUUCUUUCUCAAGUCCGAGCACGCCAACUAUGCUGCGGAUUCAUCCGUUCAUAGCAAAAACGGUUCGUGCACGUGCAGGGCAGUCGAAGCAUGCAGGGACGUCGGACUUCCCUACAUAGACGAUAUUAACUCACCUGAGCACCCUGCAUUCGGUUGUGGUCGUCUCCAUUUCACACGCGACAGUGAUGGUCACCGAAACUCAACAUAUCAUGCUUUCCUUCCCAAAGAACUUGCCCUCAAGAGAAAGGAUAACUUACAUAUCUGCACCACGACGAUGGUGAGCACGUUGGAAAUUGAGGUCGUACGGGACGGCAGGCGAGUGGUCAAAGGUGUGCAUCUCUUCAAUGAGCACGGUGAGGAGCGCUUCGUACGUGCCGUCCUGGAAGUUGUUCUGUGCGCGGGCCCUUUCUCUUCCCCUCAGAUUCUCAUGCUUAGUGGGAUUGGACCCGCCGAACAUCUCAGGGAAUUCGACAUCAAAGUGAUCAAAGAUCUCCCUGCAGUGGGCUCCAACCUUGAGGACCAUUUUGGUGUCUCGAUCGCUUUCCGUAUACCCAUGCGAGACUCUCUGGUCUCUCUAGAAAAGCGCAUAUGGGUCUUUUUCAUGGAGCUCUUUCGCUACAUAUUGUUUGGGACCGGCAUGCUUCUCGCGCCCGUCCUUCAGGUGGCCAUCUUUAGCUCCUCCAAAUUUCUAGAUGAGAAAGGCAUCCCAUCUAAGACCAAGCUCGCCGAACCUGAAAGUUUACCGGAUAUUGAGAUCAUGCCAAUGGCGUACGACAGCGGCGAUAGUCAAGUUUUCGAUAAGUCACAAGGCGUUUUCAGUUUCCUGAACGUGCUCCUGCACCCUGAAAGCCGCGGAACUGUUCGUCUGACCUCCAAUGAUCCCGCGGCUCUCUUGAAAAUUGACCCGCGCUAUCUCUCCAACCCGGUGGACUUCGCUCCCCUCCGCGCAUCUCUUCGUCUCACGCUCCGCCUCUGCGAUCGCAUGCGCGCGCGCGGAUAUCCGCUGGAAGACUGGGAGGUCCCCGAAGGCGAGGACGAUGCCUCGCUGGACAAGUAUAUCGUCAAGCUGAAGCGCCAUCGCACGACAUACCACUACGCAUCGACGUGCAGGAUGGCACCAGAAAACGAUCCUCGAGGUGGAGGUGUAGUAGACGACGAACUACGUGUCUACGGCAUACAAGGCUUGAGAAUCGCAGAUUCUUCGAUAUUCCCGUGGGUGCUGGGCGCCCAUUUGCAGGCGCCUACAGUUGCUAUUGCGGAGAAAUGUGCAGAUAUGAUCUUGAAAGGUCGCGAAUCCUCGGAUGUGAGGAUUGCAUAG